AUGGAGGCGCAACAUGGACCUGUCGGAGCGGAUGCUGCGGCAGGUGACAAGGGGGCCGACCUGGAGCUACAACGUGUGGACUCCGGGACAGGCAAGGAUUCCGACACGGAGGUGCCGUGUGAGGAUCUCGACUCCGCUGUAGGCGACAUGAAUGCUGCCAGCGCGCAAGCCGUCAACUUCCACCAGCUGCCGCUGCUCUUGCGAGCUCUGUCGAGGAUGCCGGCGCUGCUGGUCACGCUGGUGAUCGAGCUCCUAGUGGCUUUCAACAUCUCCUCCUACACUGACACCUUCAAGAGGUACCCCCUGCUCAUCGCCUUUCAGCCGGUGAUAUCGGCAAUCUCUGGCAACGUGGGCCUCCAGACCAUGGCCACCGUCACCCGCGGCCUGGCGCUGAGCCUCUUCAGCGGAACCCGCAUCUGCCAGGGAACUCGGCAUGAGCUGGGCACUGGGCUUGCAGUCGCUGGUCUCUUGGGCACCGUGGUGGCGGCCGUCGCCUACACCUGGUACUUUCUGGCCGACGCCAGCCACACCACGAAAGGGGCCCUGGCCUUCGCCCUGGCCAUCUUCCUGGGGCAGUUUGCGUCGAUCCUCUGCGCCAGCCUCACUGCCACCCUGGCUCCCUUGCUGUUCUCCAGGCUCGGAUGGGAUCCUGCGAACAUGGGAGGCCCCCUGGAGACGGCCUUCCAAGACGUCGUCGGGAGCACGGCCAUGCUGGCGGCUGCGGCAGCCAUCCUGCAAGGCCUGGGAGACUUUGCCGAGGCUUGCCCAGGAGACGACAUCUUCGGAUGUGUGCAGAGCUGCCACCUGAGCGGCACCAUGUACAGCGAGCAGUGCCUCCAGCACUGCGCCAAGCUAAGCAAAGAGGGCCUUUGCUAG